AUGGAAGAAAUGACAGAUGUACUAAAAGAGAGGAAGUUAGAUAUAUCGGGAUUACGUGAAACAAAGUGGAAGGGAAAAAGUGAGAAGAAUUUGAGAGUAGGAGGAAAACUGUACUGGAGUGGGAAUAACAAGUCUGGAAGAAAUGGUGUGGCAGUGAUGGUGAAUAAGAACGUACAAAUCUGUAUUGAAAAUAUAAGAUAUAUAUCAGACAGGAUCAUAAUUUUAAACCUGAGAUUCCAAAAAGAAACACUAAAAGUAAUACAGAUUUAUGCACUUAAAGUAUGUAGCGAAGAAGAGAAGAUGGACUUUGAAAAUGUGUUAGAAAACCAUAUAGAGAGUGCUAAUAUAGUGACGGAAGAUUUUAAUGCAGAGGUAGGCAAAGACAGAAAGGGAUUUGAGCAAGUUUUGGGAUGUUUUCGAUAUGGAGGCAGAAAUGAAGAAGGGGAAAGACUCCUGGAUUUGUGCCAGAGGAAUCGAAUGAAAAUAGCAAACAUCUGGUUUAUGAAGAGAGAAAGUUAUGUUAUCACCAGAUACAGUUGGGAUGGAAGAACCAAGAGUGUAAUUGAUUAUAUUCUAGUAGAUAGGGAAUUGGGAGAGAAAGUAACAAAUGUGAAGGUAAUUCCAAGUGUGAGUGCAGAUGGAGACCAUAGAUUAUUGAUGGGACAUUGGAAAAUGAAUCCGUGUGUGAAAAAUAGAAAACAGAAGAAAGUGAUGAGGAUACAGGAUUGGAAACUCAAGGAGAGUGAAUGUGCUGAGAAGUAG